UCGCCAAUAAAAUAGGAUUUCAAGAUGCAAAAUGGAUAGUUUAAGAUUUUCAAUUAAUUUUCGAAAGUGUAUCUACAUAUCUGACGUCCUAAGUGACCAAUCAAAAUUUCCUAUGGAAAUUUCAGCAGUUCGCGCUGUUUUGGAAGGAAAAACAUGGCAGAUGAUAACGAGCAGUCUGCAGCUAAUGCUGUGGAAGAGCCACUUGAUUUGAUUCGUCUUAGUUUGGACGAACGUAUAUAUGUAAAGAUGCGGAAUGAAAGAGAAUUACGUGGAAGGUUGCAUGCAUAUGAUCAGCAUUUAAACAUGGUAUUGGGUGAUGUUGAAGAAACUGUUACAACUAUUGAAAUUGAUGAAGAAACUUAUGAAGAAGUUUAUAGGGUAUGA